UGGCAGCGUUGAUAUAGACCACGAUACUAUUUUGGACUAAUUUAUUUUGUGUAUUCCAUUGAAGUAAAAGAGAAAGGGAUAUCAGCACUAACAUCAACAAUGGCUGAACCUGAAGAAUACUCUGAAGCAGUUGCUCUCCUGGAGAAUCUACAGCUGUCCACAACUCAGGAGGAUCUCCUUCCUAGUCUAGAUGCUGUCCUAUCAUUUCUCCAGAAAUUCAGUGGAGAGGACCUUGACAGCCAUACUCAUGGAUUUGUUGAAUGUGGAAUUCUCAAUGAACUCUACAAAAACCUAACUCAGGGGACAGGAGAUCUUCAGCUCAAAGUUGUCAUGGUACUUGCUGAACUGGCCAAAAGUGAAUCUGUAAGAAAAGCAUGUGUUGACAAAGGCUUUGUCCCACUUUUAUUGAACAUGCUCAAAUCAACCGAGGAUAUCACCCUGGCAACUCAGAUCUGUCGAGCCCUUGGCAACAUUUGUUAUGAGCACGAUGAGGGCCGAGAAGCUAUAGAUGAUGAGAAUGGUCUGCCUGUCUUACUGGAUUUGAUGAGAAGCCAUCUAAAGAAUGAAGAUCCAGCAGCCAGCCGACUACGCCUAACUGCCUGUGGCUAUCUCCUCAAUGUCACCAACACUAAUGACAAGAUGUUGGAGAAAGCGCUUACAGAAGGCGCUCUUGACCUACUGGAACAGUAUGUGUGGCAGCAUCGUGGCGACAGGGAGAUGUGCAAUAUGGCACUCCUUGCCAUCGGCAGUUUUGUUGACACUGAUCUGUGCCAACAUAAGCUUCAGUCAUCAACACUAUGUAGUACAAUAGUUAGCCUUCUGGAUACCAAAUUAGCAGACUGCUACGAAAACAUGAUCCUAGAACUCUUCAUCAGCUUAUCUGAGAUAGAUGAUUUGAAGGAUAUAUUAGCAGACACCAACCUUAGCAGUCAUCUCAUUCGAAUCAUCCAAUCAAACACUGGUCGCCUUGACGAUGGCAGUCAACAGACCAUCAAGAUGGCCUCUGAUCUUCUCGUCUUGCUGUUGACAGGAGAUAAGAGUAUGGAGGUGAUGUUUAGUAAAGGAGAGGGACUUGUCUUCGUGGAGACAGUGAAAUGGUUGGAAAGUGACUCUGCUCACUUACAACUGUCUGCAGCCCUUGCCAUUGGAAACUUUGCUCGUAGAGAUGAACACUGUCAGAAGUUAGUUGAACAGGGAAUUGUUGAGAAGCUGCUGAAUGUUAUCCGGGCUCAAAGUAAUCCUGAAGGGGACAUAACACUACAACAUGCCGUACUCAGUGCUCUCCGUAACCUUGCCAUACCCGUGAGUAACAAGAGUGUCUUGUUGAAGGCCGGGGUUAUAGAUGUAGUUCUUUGUCUGAUGCCGUCAGAAACCAUGGCUGUCGUCUUCAAGCUUCUUGGCGUGCUGCGCAUGCUCAUAGAUAACCAAGAGCCAGCAGCUGUACAGCUUGGAAAAAACCGUGAAUUUGUCACACGACUGGUGGAGUGGUGUGAUGUGGACGAGCAUGCAGGGGUCAAAGGGGAGGCUACUCGGCUACUGGCCUCACUCAUCAAAAACAGCCACUCUGCAGAUGUCAUGAGAAACGUGGUGAAGGCUGAUGGGAUAGAACAUCUUGUUGCUAUGACUGUGUCAGAACAUGUCGUCAUGCAGAAUGAGGCAUUGGUUGCCUUGACUUUGAUAGUGUCAGCUGUUUUAGAGGAUGUAGCCAUGGCGUUGAAGCAAUCGGACCUGACCGAGUCCAUCACUAGCAUUCUACAGAAGGAGGAGACUAUCCCAGAGAUCAUAUGCAAUACUUUGAAACUCACCAAGAUCAUCUGUUCAGCGGCAACUCCUCCCACCAAUCAGAUGAUCCCUUGCAGCAUCCUGGCCUGUGCUGGUUUGCUUUCUGAUAUGCAAAGUACAUUAAAGGAGGACAUCGCUACAUCAGGAAUUGCCAGCCUGACCGAGAAACUGACCAACCACCAAGAUGAUAAAGUCAAGGAAGCUGCUUCAUCCCUUCUAACCACCAUUCAGAUACUGACCACAGAAAGAUGACCACUGGGUUGUCCCUCCGAGGGUGAAACAACUGUAUCUGUCCAGAAUUAGACAGUAUUGAGAAGCCUCUAAUUCACAUAGCUGUUUCAUUAUUUUAUAACUUCUAGUUGGGAGAUUUCUCAUGCCAUUGAGGAAAUAAAAAAAUCGAAGUUUGACAUAAUCUUAAAAGCAUUUGCCAUAUAUUUUGUUGUUAUGUCAUUAUAUAGAGAGAAAAAGGGCUGUUAAGAUAUUUUGUUGUUGUAUACGUUAAUAUUCAGUUUUUGUUUUGGAUUUGGAACAACUGUAAUUAAAACACAUGUUGUAAUGUAUAUUAUCAUUUAUGAAACUUUGUACUUGAUUUCAAAUUUUAUUCUUGGAUUGGAAACUGUAAACAAUCCUCUUUUUUUUCAUUAACAUUUUUACAACAGGGUAUAGUUUCAGGGUAUAUGAAUGGCAUUCAAAUUUGAGAUGUCACAGUAGGCCAUUAACUAAAACUUUUAUUGAAUAUGUUUUACCCUGUACAGACAGUCGGUAUUUACAUGUGAUAUGUAUGAAAACAGGCAUUAGAAUUUCAAGAUUAAGAAGAAAGUUCUAUCACAUAUGAUAAAAAACAAACUCAAUAAAAGUGGAAAGUGAUCUGUUAGGUAAACAAUAGCAUAUUCAAUAAAACAUGACGUUUACCAAAACACUCAUUAAACAUUGUAUUGAAAUAUGGAAAUAUAUAUGACAUAUCCAUGUUAGGACCAAAUAUUCAAAAGAAUUUUUUUUUUUUUUACUUAAAAUCCUUGUUUUUAAGGCAGUGAGUUGCAGUGCUCUCUUAAUCUCCAAGGGGCCACGGUGGCCGAGUGGUUAAGGUGUCCCGACACUUUAACACUAGCCCUCCACCUCUGGGUUGCGAGUUCGAAACCUACUUGGGGCAGUUGCCAGGUACUGACCGUAGGCCGGUGGUUUUUCUCCGGGUACUCCGUCUUUCCUCCACCUCCAAAACCUGGCGCAUCCUUAAAUGACCCUGGCUGUUAAUAGGACGUUAAACAAAAAAGAAACAAACCAAAUCUUAAUCUCCAAUAAAAAAGUUUGUUUUUCUGAGUUUGAAUUGCUUACCUGUACUUUAAAAGUCAGAGUGAGUAAAUAUAUUUACAAUAUUUUCCUUUUAUAUAAAACCAUCUCUAAGGAUUCACAGCCCAAACCUUCCUGUUAUAACGUUAGAAAGUGAUUCACAGUCCAAACCUCUCUGUUAUAACGUUAGAAAGUGAUUCACAGUCCAAACCUCUCUGUUAUAACGUUAGAAAGUGAUUCACAGUCCAAACCUCCCUGUUAUAAUAUUAGAAAGUGAUUCACAGUCCAAACCUCCCUGUUAUAACGUUAGAAAGUGAUUCACAGUCUAAACCUCCCUGUUAUAACAUUAGAAAGUGAUUCACAGCCCAAACCUCUCUGUUAUAACAUUAGAAAGUGAUUCACAGCCAAAACCUCCCUGUUAUAACGUUAGAAAGUGAUUCACAGCCCAAACCUUCCUGUUAUAACAUAAGAAAGUGAUUCACAGUCCAAACCUCCCUGUUAUAACAUUAGAAAGUGAUUCACAGCCCAAACAUCCCUGUUAUAACAUUAGAAAGUGAUUCACAGCCAAAACCUCCCUGUUAUAACGUUAGAAAGUGAUUCACAGCCCAAACCUCCCUGUUAUAACUUUAGAAAGUGAUUCACAGCCCAAACCUCCCUGUUAUAACGUUAGAAAAUGAUUCACAGUCCAAACCUCCCUGUUAUAACGUAAGAAAGUGAUUCACAGUCCAAACCUCUCUGUUAUAACAUUAGAAAGUGAUUCACAGUCCAAACCUCUCUGUUAUAACAUUAGAAAGUGAUUCACAGUCCAAACCUCUCUGUUAUAACGUUAGAAAGUGAUUCACAGCCCAAACCUCUCUGUUAUAACGUUAGAAAGUGAUUCACAGACCAAACCUCUCUGUUAUAACGUUAGAAAGUGAUUCACAGACCAAACCUCCCCGUUAUAACGUUAGAAAGUGAUUCACAGUCCAAACCUCUCUGUUAUAAAGUAAGAAAGUGAUUCACAGACCAAACCUCCCUGUUAUAACGUUAGAAAGUGAUUCACAGCCCAAACCUCUCUGUUAUAAAGUAAGAAAGUGAUUCACAGUCCAAACCUCUCUGUUAUAAAGUAAGAAAGUGAUUCACAGACCAAACCUCCCUGUUAUAACGUUAGAAAGUGAUUCACAGUCCAAACCUCUCUGUUAUAAAGUAAGAAAGUGAUUCACAGUCCAAACCUCUCUGUUAUAAAGUAAGAAAGUGAUUCACAGACCAAACCUCCCUGUUAUAACUUUAGAAAGUGAUUCACAGACCAAACCUCCCUAUUAUAACGUUAGAAAGUGAUUCACAGUCCAAACCUCCCCAUUAUAACGUUAGAAAGUGAUUCACAGUCCAAACCUCUCUGUUAUAACGUUAGAAAGUGAUUCACAGACCAAACCUCCCUGUUAUAACUUUAGAAAGUGAUUCACAGUCCAAACCUCCCUAUUAUAACGUUAGAAAGUGAUUCACAGUCCAAACCUCCCCAUUAUAACGUUAGAAAGUGAUUCACAGUCCAAACCUCUCUGUUAUAACGUUAGAAAGUGAUUCACAGACCAAACCUCCCUGUUAUAACUUUAGAAAGUGAUUCACAGUCCAAACCUCCCUAUUAUAACGUUAGAAAGUGAUUCACAGUCCAAACCUCCCCAUUAUAACGUUAGAAAGUGAUUCACAGUCCAAACCUCUCUGUUAUAACGUUAGAAAGUGAUUCACAGUCCAAACCUCUCUGUUAUAACGUUAGAAAGUGAUUCACAGUCCAAACCUCCCUGUUAUAAUAUUAGAAAGUGAUUCGCAGUCCAAACCUCCCCGUUAUAACUUUAGAAAGUGAUUCACAGUCCAAACCUCUCUGUUAUAACGUUAGAAAGUGAUUCACAGCCCAGACCUUUUGAAAAAUGCUGUAAUAACCUAUAAUUUUCCUGAAAAACCAUAUCAAUAAAAUUAAUGUUGUUUCCUUAAUACAUAUCUUUGUAUUUUUUUUUCUUUUCUUUUUCACAGCGAUUGUAGAUGAUCAAUAUCCGUCAGGAGACAUUAAAUGAUUACGGGGUAUUUUGUUUUUAUUAAUUGUAUUUAUGUUGCAGUAGGUAGUAUUGGCUAAAGUUUAAUGACAAUCUUAUUUCAUUUUUAUCUUAAUUGAACAAGACGAGAAAGUUUAGUAGUCUGAAAGUCAUCAUUUUAAUGUAUUUAUUUUAAAUCUUCAUAAAGUAUGAAAACAAAUGUCAUCAUCAAUCCUGAUUAUCUAGAGCGUCACAAUACAUAGUGUAUGUCCAUUGUUAGAGGCUUCCUCACUUCACACCGACCAUUGACAUCUAGAUCAGGAUCACACCGACCAUUGACAUCUAGAUCAGGAUCACACCGACCAUUGACAUCUAGAUCAGGAUCACACCGACCAUUGACAUCUAGAUCAGGAUCACACCGACCAUUGACAUCUAGAUCAGGAUCAUAUAAUAUCACAGCCAGUAAAGGUUAUCAGUGCCUCUAUAAUUCACUCCCAUUAUCAGAAAUCUGAUGAUGGGCGUCGGCUGUGUAAAUCUAAUGAUGGGUGUCGGUGGUGUGUCGCUAUGUCAGAGAAUAUUGUCUAUGAGGAUUUCUAUGAACAUCCUUGUGUAUUGUAAAAACCUGUAUAAUUUGCCUAGUUCAUUUUUUUGGCUGAAAAGCUGUAAAAUGCUUUUCCAAUGGAGUUGUAAGAAUGCAGGCAGUUUCAGGAUUAUAUAAGAUUUGUGUGUUUUUGCGAGGUUAAAAAAACUGAAUAUCUAGUAACAUGGGUAUCAUUUUCAAACUCACAAGCAUUGUGUUCAGUUAAUUUGAAAUGCUUUUUAUUGUGAAAAUUAAUUAAAGGCCAUCUAAAACGAAA